AUGAAGAUAUCCUCUCUUGUCCAAACCCUCUUCUCGUUGUGCUUGGGGACAGCAUUGGCAGACCAACUCGCCAACUCGACGUAUUACAACCCAAUCCUCCCAGGAUGGCACUCAGAUCCAUCCUGCAUCCGUGUUGAUGACACCUACUUCUGUGUCACCUCAACCUUCAUCGCCUUCCCGGGGCUACCCAUCUAUGCAUCCAAGGAUCUUCGUAAUUGGCGACUCAUCUCCCACGGCUGGAGCCGCGAGUCCCAGCUCCCGGGCAUCAGCUGGAACACGUAUGGCCAGCAGGAUGGCAUGUAUGCAGCGACUCUGAGGUAUCACGAAGGGGAGUUCUUCCUCGUCUGUGAAUAUCUCGGCCAGGAGGACGGCAUCAUAGGCGUUCUGUUCAGGACCACGGAUCCAUUUAGCGAUGAUGCCUGGAGCGACCCGGUAACAUUCAAGCCUACCAAGAUUGACCCCGAUAUCUUCUGGGAUGACGACGGCAAGGUGUACGUCGCAACCCAGGGGAUCAUCCUGCAAGAGCUCAACCUAGAGACUGGCGAGCUGAGCCAGCCCCCAAUCUCCCUUUGGAACGGGACCGGCGGCGUCUGGCCAGAAGGGCCGCACAUUUACAAGAGAGACGGGUGGUACUACCUCCUCAUUGCCGAGGGUGGCACCGAGCUGGACCACUCCAUUACCAUUGCGAGAGCCAAGAGCAUCGACGGCCCGUAUGAAGCAUACGCAAACAACCCAAUCCUCACCAACCGAGGGACGGACGAGUACUUCCAGACAGUCGGGCACGGCGACCUCUUCACAGACACGGAGGGGAACUGGUGGGGGGUAGCACUCGCCACACGCUGUGGCCCCGAGUACAAGAACUACCCCAUGGGGCGGGAAACCGUCCUGUAUCCAGCCCGGUGGGAGGAGGGCGAGUGGCCCGUCCUCCAGAACGUCCGCGGCGAGAUGGAAGGGUGGCCCUUACCAGCCGAGGACAAGUCCGUCCCUGGGGAUGGGCCCUUCAACGACGAGGCAGACGACUUCGACUUCGGCGCCCCAUCCACGCUGCCGAAACAUUUCGUGCACUGGCGCGUGCCUCGGGAUGGCGCCUUUUCCUUCACGGAGAAGGGGCUGCAGAUCGUCCCCAGCAGGAACAACCUCACGGGCGUCCCCUACUCAGAGACGGAUGUCUUCUUGACCGGCCGCCGCGGGCUCUCCUUCGUCGGCAGGCGCCAAACCCAUACCCUGUUUGACUUCACCGUCGAUCUGGACUUCACCCCCCGCGAAAUCGGCCAGGAGGCAGGCAUCACCGUCUUCCUCACCCAAGCCAACCACAUCGACGUAAGCGUCGUGCUGCUCUCAGACGACGCAGACAAGACCCCAAAACUCUCCCUUCGCCUCCGCGCCGAGGGCACAGGCGGCCCGCCCCCCGAGAAAAUCGUAACCGUGCCCGAGGACUGGCUCAAGCGUUCCGGGCCGAUAAGACUGCGCAUCCAGGCCAAGGACCCCUUAUCCUACGAGCUCUCCGCGUCGAAGCGAUGCUCCGGCACACCCGACAUCGUGCUGGGCACUGCCUCCUCGGGGUUGGUCAGCGGCGGCAACGGGUCGUUCGUGGGGAGUCUCGUGGGGGCCUUUGCGACCUGCAACGGGGCCGGCGAGGGCGCGGACUGUCCGGGGGGAGGUCUGGCGAGCUUUAAAAGAUGGCGGUAUACGCCCGUCGCGCAGUUCAUUUCUGCUGAUGAGUCUGUGCCUUCUAAUUAG